AUGAGCCGGAUCUCUUUCAGAUCAUCUACUGGAGGGGGCAUGAGGGGCUUUAGCUCAGGCUCUGCUAUCGUAGGAGGUGGUAGCAGUGGGACCAGAAGCAGUUUUAGCUCUGUCUCUGUCUCCAGAGUUGGAGGAGGAAGAGCUGGAGGUGGAGGAGGCUUUGGAGCUGGCGGUGGCUUCGGCAGCAGAAGUCUCUAUAACUUAGGUGGAAGCAAAAGAAUUUCCUACAGCUCGGUCGGUGGAGGUCUACGGAGUGGAGCCGGGAGCAGCUACGGCUUUGGUCUUGGCUAUGGUGGUGGAGCAGGCACUGGCUUUGGCUUAGGAGGAGCUGGUGGUGGUGGUGGCUAUGGGCUGGGAAGUGGAUUUGGGCUGGGAGGGCCCGGAUUUGGUGGCCGAGGCGGCCCUGGGUUCCCUGUUUGCCCACCUGGUGGCAUCCAUGAAGUGACUGUCAACCAGAGCCUCCUGGCACCUCUCAAACUGGAUAUUGAUCCGGAAAUCCAGAAGGUGCGAACACAGGAGAGGGAGCAGAUCAAGACCCUCAACAACAAAUUUGCCUCCUUCAUCGACAAGGUACGCUUUUUGGAGCAGCAGAACAAGGUGCUGGAGACCAAGUGGACCCUUCUCCAAGAGCAGGGUCACACUGUUACCAGGAAGUCCCUGGAGCCCAUUUUCGAAGCCUACAUCAACAACCUCCGGCGGCAGCUCGACAGCCUGAUGGGAGAGAGGGGCCGGCUGGACUCUGAACUCCGGAGCAUGCAGGACAUGGUAGAAGACUUCAAGAACAAAUAUGAAGAUGAGAUCAACCGGCGCACAGGUGCUGAAAAUGAGUUUGUGGUCCUCAAGAAGGACGUGGAUGGUGCUUACAUGAACAAGGUUGAGCUCCAGGGCAAGGCUGAUGCACUGGCAGAGGAAAUCAACUUCCUGAGAGCUCUGUAUGAGGCGGAGUUGUCCCAGAUGCAGCAGCAAGUGUCCGACACCUCCGUGGUCCUGUCCAUGGACAACAACCGGAACCUAGACCUCAACAGCAUCAUUGCCGAGGUCAAGGCACAGUACGAGGACAUCGCCAACCGGAGCCGCGCUGAGGCUGAGGCUUGGUACCAGAAUAAGUACGAGGAGCUCCAGGUCUCUGCUGGGAGACACGGGGAUGACCUGAGGAACACCAAGAUUGAGAUUUCAGAGAUCAACCGGAUGGUCCAGAGGCUGCGAAAUGAGAUCGACAGCGUGAAGAAACAGUGUGCCAACCUCCAAGCAGCCAUUGCUGAGGCCGAGGAGCGUGGGGAGAUGGCCCUCAAGGACGCCAAGGCCAAGCUGACCGAGCUGGAGGAUGCCCUGCAAAAAGCCAAGGCUGACCUGGCCCGGCAGCUCCGGGAAUAUCAGGAGCUCAUGAAUGUCAAGCUGGCCCUGGACAUUGAGAUUGCGACCUACAGGAAGCUGCUGGAGGGCGAGGAGAGCAGGCUUGCUGGAGAAGGCGUUGGAGCUGUCAGUGUCUCCGUGGUCAGCAGCUCCAGUGGGAUGGGCUACAGCGGCGGGAACUGCCUGGGCCUGGGCGGGGGGCUCGGCAUGGGCAGUGGCGGCGGCAGCAGCAGCUACACCAUGAGCAGCAGCGGCUUCGGAGGUGGCAGUGGAGGUUUCGGCGGCAGCGGAGGCUUUGGAGGAGGCAGUGGAGGUUUCUCUGGGGGGCUCAGCUAUGGUGGAAGCAGCUCCUUCAGCUCUGGGAGCAGCCGGGGCAUCAGCUCCAGCACGGGAGGCAGUGUCAGGAUCGUUUCUAAGACCACCACCAGCAAAAAGACCAUCAGAUAA